GUGUGGGGUCCCCCGGCUCCCAGGCCGACCAGCAUGAAGCUCCUGUGCGUGGUGGCCGCGAUCGGCUGUCUGCUGGCGCCCCCGGCCCGGGCCAACAAGAGCUCUGAGGACAUCAGGUGCAAAUGCAUCUGUCCGCCGUAUAGGAACAUCAGCGGGCAGAUCUACAAGCAGAACGUGUCGCAGAAGGACUGUAACUGCCUACACAUGGUGGAGCCCAUGCCGGUGCCCGGGCACGACGUGGAGGCCUACUGCCUGCUGUGCGAGUGCCAAUACGAGGAACGUAGCACCACCACCAUCAAGGUCAUCAUCGUCAUCUACCUGUCGGUGGUGGGGGCCCUGCUUCUCUACAUGGCCUUCCUCAUGCUGGUGGACCCCCUGAUCCGGAAGCCGGACGCCUACACCGAGCAGCUGCACGAGGAGGAAAGCGAGGACGCUCGCUCCGUGGCUGCCGCCAUGGCCUCCCUCGGGGGACCCCGAGCCAACACGGUCCUGGAGCGCGUGGAGGGCGCCCAGCAGCGGUGGAAGCUGCAGGUGCAGGAGCAGAGGAAGACUGUCUUCGACCGGCACAAGAUGCUCAGCUAGGUGGGCGCGGGCCUGAGCACCAGCUUCCAGGCCAGAUGGAGCCCAGGCCACGGCUCCCCUCCCUCAGGCCACACUCCUGGGCCUUCCCUGCAAAAGCACGUGACGUGUCCUCUGUAGAAAUGUUCCCGCUGGUUUAAUUCAGGAAGAGUGGGGAGCCUGGGUCUCCAGCUCAUCUGCUCGGGUCUCUGGGGUCGAGGGGAGGUAACAGUAGGCGAGUGGGGAGGGAGGUGUUUCAGGUGCUCCCAUUUCCAGCUCCAAAUGUCAGGAAUGUCCUCACCUUCAGAAGGAGGAGCCACAGCCACAGUGGUAGGGACGGCCACCUGCAGUCAGCACAUGCUCCCUCCUGCUGUGUGUCCCAUGUCCCCUCCCUCUCAACCCCGAUACCUCGGCCCCACCAGCCUGGCCCCAGCCUUCAGGGUGGCUUUGACGGGACACCUGACGCUACUGGGCCUUUUGGCCUCAUAAACACCGGGACGCUGUCCCCUCCUUCCCUUCGGUCCUUGCCAAGCAGGCAGGGCUGUGCCGGUGCUGACUGGCACCCGGCCCUCGCCCCCCCUCCUGUGUCUGCGGUCCCUGAGCCAGAUGGGUAGGGGCACCCUGUGACAUGAAAGGCUCUGAGCACCGUAGCUCCUGUCCCGGGGUCCCCACUCGUCCCCGGGUCCACUGUACCAGUGCAUGGAGAGCGAGUUCUUCCACUGUCUAUAAACAAGGAAGCGUCAUUAAACCGUCUCAUUUCUCUCGC